AAAACGAUGAUUUCCCGAAAGUCCGACCCGAACGGCGUGCCCUAGCGAAGCAAGCCAAGGCCCCCGCCGCCGACGAGAUCCGUCAAUCCGGUCAUUGCCCACCGCCUUCCGGUGCUCUUGACUGGCCUUUAACGGCCAACGGCCUCCCUUGGUUAUUCUUAAGUCUCUGCUGUCGUCUCUGCCUCCGUUGCCGUUGCCCCCGUCGAGAUCCGGCCGUUGAAGCCCAGCCACCUCCCUCUGAGUAUAGGGUGGCCCUCCUUAAAAGCUGAUGUUAGCAAAAGGAAGAAAGGUUGCUGGGAGAGGUGAACCGAUGGCUGCUCAUUAUGCUUUCAAUCCACAUGAAGAUGAUGUCAUAAUUAAACAUAGGCUUCUUACUCGCACUACAACCACCAGAGGCGAACCACCACUAAAGAAGCUGCAGAAGAAGUUCAUGUCCUUUGCACAUGAAAUAGAGAAGGACACAGAUAAUCUUAAUGAGUGCGAGAGACUGUACAAAGCAUUCUUACAAGAAAUAUCUACUUUUGAGUUACCACUUCUGAAAAGCAAAGCAGUUGUCGAUGCUAAUCUCCGAGAGAAGGAGGGUUUCAAUGAGCUGCAAUUAGAAAUCCAGCGGCAAAUAAUUCAGGCCCAAGUCGAUAUAGAGGAUCUAAAGAAACAGCUUGAGCAGAGCAAGAUCGAGAGACAACACAAGGAGGAGUGUGAGGCAAUUAGAAAGUUAAUUGCUUCACAGCCUCCAAGAUCAGAAACACAGAAAACUAUAUCGGAUCUUGAGAAAGAGAUUGCUGCUUUGGAGGCAGAAAAUACUUCCUGUGUGAGGACACUGGAUCUUCGGAAGAAACAGUUCUCUCUUCUGCUGCAUGUGGUUGACGAAUUGCAGAACACAAUUGAGGAUGAACAGAAGAACUCAGUAGAGGAGCUGCGGGCCGUCAUUGAAGAGCAGAAGACUAGCAUGGAGGAUGGCAGUGGCAUGGGUUCAGAAGCUAUGGCCAUUGACUAAUUAGUGAGAUGCUGAGUUCUUCCGUUGGUGGUCCGGUAUGUAUUGAGACGCUGAGUUCACAACUGAUGGUGGUGUGAUGCUGAGUUCUACCUUUGCACUUUGUGAAACUAAACUGCAAUCUGAGAAAAGAGCUAAAUGGAUCAGGAUGUAUUCAAAACAUAAGUUGAAUUAUCUUUUCCGAGAA